GAAAACAGCCGACUUGAUUUCAGAGGUCUCGGGGUGACCUGAAGUCAUCUGGAAAAAGAAAGAGGAAGAUAACCAUAAAAGGAAAGACAUAGCAGCAGCAGCACAGAGCCUUGUUGUCUCAGCUGAUCGAGUCUGGACUUCAGCUUCCUCUGUUCCUGCUGGACCUCGCCCAGCCUCUGAGCGUGCUCGCUCUGCACAGCCUCCAGUUCCCCGUGCAGGUCACGGCGGUCACUGACUUCACCCCGAUGCAGAAUCUGUAGCUCCUGUUCUCAUGUAACAGGGAGAAUGAGAUGUCAAGCAUAGUCAAAAGAGUUGCCUGAAGUUUCUCAUGCUGAGCGCUGUACAUCUGAAGGAGUUCCAAUACCAUGCCGUCCUUACUGUGUUCUGCAUUUACACCAGCAGACCGCUUACAAGCUGGCAUAUCCAGUUUUUGCCAUUCAUCCGGACUGCCGUCAUCUGUUUGGCCAGCUUGGAUGCUUUCUCAACGAAUGAACAGAAGUCACCUUUGCCACAUCAAAUCAGCGUGACUGGGGUGUUCCUUAAGACUGGCAAGCAAAUGCGAAUCAAACACAAAAGCAGAUUUUUCACUGACAGAAGCGUACGGCACACAUUUACGGUCCUCCUACACUGUAAGCGGUGCUGUAACGUUCACCGCCCUGAUGCAUUUCUAUCGGUCUCUACGUUUACCUUUGACGCAUUACGACAUGACGGGAUUGUAGCAGUCGCCGAAAACGGUCAGCGUGUGAUGGGAGAGCUACCCCGUUGACUUCGGACAGCUUCUUAUGUCCAGAUUCUGUGGAACAAUGGACAGGGAGUCCCAAACAAAAGCAGAACCUCCAAAGAGUGCAGGCAACACCACAACCACCCCAACGCUGAACACUUCCCAUCAGGCCAAUGGUGCCCCCAAAACCCCCCCUGCUCUCACAACCGUAACCACCUUCCACAAUCAACCCUCCCCCAACGACAGAAAAGUGGUUCAGGUCAAUCUGUCUGGGGACCGACUGGCUCCAUCUUUCUCGCCGAGUGAGAGAGUCAACCAAGCUUCAUCUUCGCAGCAGACCCCAAAAACGGUUUCUCUGCCCAACACCCUCGGAUCAACACCUCUAGUCAGAGGAAUUCAAAGCACGGCUACAGCCGUCCGUAAGAUCUCCCCUCAAGCUCUGCUCCUGGGGAAGAGCCCGGCCACGAGCCAGGCCCAGAUGCUGCUGAGGGCCCAGAUGUUGAUUUUAACAUCUGCUGUGCGACCUGACGUACCUGCCCUCUCCUCUUCCUCCUUCUCAUCUUCCUCCUCCACCCUUUCCUCUUCCUCACCUCGAUUUCCCUCCACGCAGCUCCAGAGUUUGACUCUCCGUCCACCUCCACCCGGCACCCUCACCAUCCCUCCAAACCUACCACUCAAGCCAACGACUUCAAGCCAGCCCCCUCUGCUUUCAUGCCGUUUACCAACUUUCCAUUUGAGACCCAGCCAGCCAGCUAACGUUCCAGGGAAGGAGGGACCUUCUAAGACAGAAAGCUCAACAUCUCAGACGGCUCAAACAAAAGCAACUGUGCGCCAUCUUACGGUUCCUCCUCCCUCUCUAUAUGCACCUUCACAGGCCCAUGCCUUAGCGAAACAGAAGCUAAACAGCAACAGUCUCAAAAGGCCCCACAGUCAGAUCAGCAUCCCCCAACACCCUUUCAAUCAAAGACACACCCCUCCAAACUCGCCCCCUGCCGCACCAAAGAAGCCUCUUCCAGAGUUAAAGCGCUGCCCGUCCACCCAACCUUCCAAAAGUGUGUCUGGCACUUCCGUACCCAUCACUGUUCCCUCCCCCACAAGAUCCCACCUCACACACCCUACCCUGACUCUACCCUUGAGGUCUUCGCCCACCGGUGGAUCCCUACUGGCUACAAAACAGCUGCUGAGGAUUGCAUUGUCCUCCGCGUCUGCCAAGUGUACCAAUGGCCAAUCCAAGGCAGCCACUGUGUCUCCACCUCAUGAUCUCGUCCAAUCAAAACCGCUUCUCUCACCUGUGCUUGCUAAACCAGAGUGCCCCACUCAGCCGCUACGGACUCCAAACCCCUGCCCGCAGCUGGUGCAGCUGUCGCCAUCUAGACAAACGACAGCGGCCACACCUCUGAUCGCCACCCCACCGCUAGCAUCUCCACAGAGGGCAUCGCCGCCUUCGCCGGUCCUGCCUCUGGUGUCCACCAGCAGCAUUCUCGCACCCCCACAGUCUCCCCUGACCGCACAGAGUCCCACACAAGCAGCCGAAACGUCAAAAGAGCAGAAAGACGGGAAGGCAGAGCAGAAAGAAGGCGAAGGACCAGAGCAGACGCCUCAAGAUCUGAAAUGUCCAGCAGUGCAAAAGAAAAGUGCAGGACAAACUCAAAUCACCCAGAUUGGCACAACAGAUGAACAGUCCAGAGACGAUUCGGAGAAGUCAUCGAUGACAGUCUGCACAGAGGAUCCAAGGACCGACGGGCAGAUAAAGAUGUCACAGAAGAGUGAAACACGCUCACCUUCAACUCCGUCAUGGCAGGCUGAGAAAGACGAACAGUGCGAGGAAACAUCCACCCAAUCAGACAAUCACUCAGCAAUCUCGAGUCUUUCUUCUGACAUGUCACCCAUCCAGACGUCCAUCACUCAGCCUUUAGAUAUGUCUCCCGUGGACAGUUGCUUUCCCCAAAAAUUUCACGCCGUGUCAGAGAAGCCACCAAUUCAGCCUCCCACGUUCAGCCAAACGAAGCCCACGGACGUUCAGCAGACGUCAGAACCAGUCAAACCUUUGGUCCUGACGCACCUGGUGGAAGGUUUUAUUAUACAGGAAGGACUGGAACCAUUCCCGGUGAGUAGGUCAUCUCUGAUGGUUGAUCCCAUUCAGGAGUCUGGGCUAAAUGGGGUGAAAGAACCAGAACUUAUCCCGUCCAGUUCAGAGCCUCCUGACGACUCCACAGACUCGGAUGAUGAGGACAUGGUCACAAAUAGAGCCCGCAAGCUUGUUUUGCAAUGCCAGUUUUGCAAGAGGAAAGGCACCGCUGAGACAUUCCAGCGCUCGAAACGCUUCUGCUCCAAAUCGUGUGCCAAGAGGUUCAGUUACACCAAACGCUUUCGUGCGCUCAGACGCUGCGUGAGCGAGGGCGGGCAUCGAUCUGAACUCAAUGGCGCUGAGGACAACACAGAAGAAAAUUUCCAUCAGCCAAGACAUGCGACGACAGAGCAGUGGAGAAUCCUUCAACAGCCUCCGAAUGAAGGCGAAGAUGGGACCGCCGCUCCCAUGAAAACGAGGCUUCGCAGGCACACGGAACAGGAACGUGAGCGAGAGAUAAGAGCCAGGCCAUCGGUGGAGGAGACGAGAAGUGCCCCCACCUCACCUAUAGACCCCGUGUCACCCAUUGAGGUCUCUCCCUACCCAAAACCAUCUCAGUGGUCUGUGGAUCAAGUGUCAAGCUUUAUAUCCAACUUACCAGGGUGUCACGACAUUGCUGAAGCAUUCAGAGCCCAAGAGAUAGACGGCCAGGCUUUGCUUCUGUUGACCGAAGACCAUCUGAUGAGCGCCAUGAACGUCAAACUCGGCCCCGCUCUCAAAAUAUGUGCCCGCAUAAACUCCCUGAAGGAAGGCGGAAGAUAAAAUGAAACAGACACAAAAAGAUAGGUAUAUCUUUGCGGACCAUAAGAGCACUUGCCAAUAGAAUAGAGCCAUUUUGUGCACUUUAAUCUUCAGAGAUUUAUGCGAUAAUUUCAAUGUUAUCAGAAAGCUUACAUGUAUUUGCUUGAACUAAACUAGCAAAAUCUUACAGUUCUUGUAAACUUAGCCUCUGUCUGAAAGCAUGGUAGCAAUAUAAUGGUCUCAGUCUGUGAGCAAUUUCUAGGCGGUUUAUUUUAUCGGAUAGGAGGAAACUGUUAGUCUCCUUUUUUUGUAUGGGUAAUUUCGAUCAGGGUCACCGGUUUUAUAUUUUUGACUGAAAGCAGAGGAGAUCACUUCCCCGGUCAGCGCGGAGAGGUUUGACAAAUACGGAAGUGCUGUUAUUGUGUGCAUGUCCCAUUGUAUAUAUUUUCUAUUGUAUUCCAUAUGUAUACAUGUAUAACAAUACAGUGUUCUGUGUAUAAAUUAAAAAAGGUUUUGUGAAGGAUUUGUAAGAUUUAAUAUAUUUGUCUUCUGAGGCUCUAAAAAGUACAAACGCGAAUCGUUUCAAGUUUAUAAGCAUUUUUAAACGACAUUUGAGAUACUGACAUAAAAUGAAAUUUUGUGAAAUCUCCACAGUGGUACUGUCAAUCUGACAAACUGUCAACAGAAGACAAAAAGAAGGUACCUGAAGGCAAUCGUUUUCAAUCAAGGCAGUGAAAAGGUGCCUUUUUUCUGAGACCUAAUGAAACUACUGUAGGCAUUUUGCUGAGGCAAAGUAUGUACUAGAUAGUGUCAUCAUUAAAGUGUUGUUUCUCAUUGUUACAUUACUUUUCUUGUGCCACUUUUGAUUAUUUAAUUAAACCAGCUACAUUUUGUUACAGAACCCUG